AUGAGAGGUCCAGGUCUUCUCGAAGUCGUCUCCGGAGAGCAGGGAGCAACUUCUGAUUGGCGGUAUUUUUCCGGCUUGGCAUUCCCCAUCGCUGCCCCGGAUUCCAGCAAAUCAACUUGCGACGCGGACAUGCAGUCGCCUUCCAAGCGGAUUGUACUGUGUACGGGGCAAAACGCCGAGAUGGCCUUCAACUACUCUACCGACGGAUUCUCCUGGACACCUUCAGCUGGUCGCCGUGAAGGCCUUCCCACCAUUGGUGUUGUCAAGCCAGCAACACACUCCAUUCAGCCGGAAGGAGAUAUCCACGAUGUGAUUGUCAUUGGUGCCGGAUAUGCUGGUCUCGUCGCCGCUCGAGAUCUGGCCACACAAGGCAAGAAGACACUCCUCCUGGAAGCACGAGACAGACUCGGAGGUCGUACAUGGCAUGCAACCGUCAAUGGUUUCAACUAUGAGAUGGGUGGAACCUGGAUUCACUGGCACAUGCCCCAUAUCUACCGCGAGGUGUCUUUGUACGGCCUGCACAAUGACUGGAUCGUUACCCAAAACCCCGGCAGCAAGGAAGAUUACUUCACAUUCACCAACGGCAGUGAGCAACGUAAUCUCUCACACGAAGAGGAGAUCGAUGUUUGUGGCCGAGUCUUCCGCGUCUUCAGCAACCUUGACGGAGACGAUCUCCGACAGUCAUGGAAAUAUGCAUUCGGCACCGAUCAGUCCCCUGAGCUCAUGGCUCAGUGGGACAAGAUGUCCUGUCAAGAUCGAGUGGACCAGAUCCGUGACCAGCUCACGGCCGAGGAGCAUGGCAUUCUGGUGGCCCAGCUGAUGCAGAUGGGCGGCAACACCUUGGACAAGAUGGGUCUUAUCGGCGCACUCCGCUGGUGGGCACUGGGUAGCCACACCCCAACUGGGCUGAAUGACAUUGCCCUCCACACCCGCUUGCGUAGCGGGAACAGUGAGCUUCACCGUCGUAUCUUCGAGCACGCCAAGUCUACGGGUAAUCUUUCCCACGGGUUCCAAGCCCCCGUCCAGCGCAUCGAGGAUGAGGGAGGUAUUGUCACUGUGACUACCCGGGACGGAAAGACCUGGAAGGCCAAAUCUGUUAUCAGCACUGUACCUCUCAACGUCCUGUCUUCAGUGGUAUUCAACCCUCCACUGCCUGCAGACAAGGUCCAGGCUCUCCAGCACGAGUCGGUGAACCGAUGCAACAAGGUCCAUGUCGAUAUGAAAGGCCCCGACUACCUGUCAUGGGGAUCGAUGGCCACUCCCGGAAAGGGAUUGCUCUCAGCAUUCGGAGAUCACCUUACCCCCGCGAAUGACACUCAUCUUGUAUGCUUUGGUCCUGACCCCGAAGCUGCGGUUGGAAUUACUCUCGACAACCUCGAUGUCGUCAAGGAUGCCGUUCUCCACCUCCUCCCUGAAAACAAGCAAAGCGAGGCUGUCAUCAAACGUAUUGUGUCCCACGAUUGGAACAAGGAUGAGUUCUCAAAUGGUACUUGGUGCUUCCCUCCACCAAACGCCACGACCAACUAUAUCCCCGUUCUCCAGCGGCCGCACGGCAACGUCUUCUUUGCCAGCGCAGAUUGGUCAGACGGAUGGUGUGGUUGGAUCGACGGUGCCGUCCAGAGCGGUAUGCAGACGGCGCACCAGGUCAUUUUGGAGCAAAGCAAGGGCGCAGUUUCAGAGAGGGCUUCUUCCAACGCCCACUACCUGAAUCUCUCCAUUAACCUCGCCAAGGGGAAGAUAAGAUGUGUCAUGUAA